CUUGCAUUUGUAAUGGUCCUUGAUGCUGAUUGUUGGCGUAGCGAAGAGAAAUGGGUUCUGCACCCGGAGCCCCGGAGCCCAGAAGACUUCCAGAAGCUCAGGGAUGGCCGGGACCUUAACCAGCUUAUUUGCAGUGUCUGCCCCAGUGCAACAGAAUGGAAUUCGGCAUUGUUCCUAUACAGCUUCCCGGAAACAUCUCUAUGUUGAUAAAAAUACAAAGGUUAUUUGCCAGGGUUUCACUGGUAAGCAGGGCACCUUUCACAGCCAGCAGGCGUUGGACUACGGCACCAAACUCGUUGGAGGAACCACGCCAGGGAAAGGAGGCAAGACGCACCUGGGCUUACCCGUCUUUAAUACUGUAAAGGAGGCUAAAGAACAGACGGGAGCGACAGCUUCUGUCAUUUAUGUCCCUCCUCCUUUUGCUGCUGCUGCCAUUAAUGAAGCUGUGGAAGCGGAAGUCCCCUUGGUCGUGUGCAUUACUGAAGGUAUCCCACAGCAGGACAUGGUACGGGUCAAGCACAAGAUACUGCGCCAGGGAAAGACAAGGCUGAUCGGGCCAAACUGCCCUGGAGUCAUCAACCCUGGAGAAUGUAAAAUUGGUAUCAUGCCUGGCCAUAUUCACAAGAAAGGAAGAAUUGGUAUUGUGUCCAGAUCUGGCACCCUGACUUAUGAAGCGGUUCACCAAACAACACAAGUUGGAUUGGGGCAGUCUUUGUGCAUUGGCAUUGGAGGUGAUCCUUUUAAUGGAACAGAUUUUAUUGACUGCCUUGAAAUUUUUCUGAAGGAUCCAGCCACAGAAGGCAUCAUAUUGAUUGGUGAAAUUGGUGGUAAUGCAGAAGAAAAUGCUGCAGAAUUUUUGAAGCAACAUAAUUCAGGUCCCAAAGCCAAGCCUGUGGUGUCCUUCAUUGCUGGGUUAACGGCUCCUCCCGGCAGGAGAAUGGGUCAUGCGGGGGCAAUUAUUGCUGGAGGAAAAGGUGGAGCUAAAGAGAAGAUCUCCGCCCUUCAGAGCGCAGGAGUUGUGGUCAGCAUGUCCCCGGCACAGCUGGGAACCACCAUCUACAAGGAGUUUGAAAAGCGGAAGCUGCUGUGAAGGAAAAAACAAAGUUCCCUGAGCCUGUGGAAUGAAUCCUUGUAGCGAAGCGGCAGCAGUUUCUUCUGUUGCCCCGGUCGGCCGGGCUGUGGGCUUCCAGGACAGCGGGAAGCCAAGGCAGCGUUUAGGAAGCUCUGUACUGAGGUUUGCACCUCACUGUGUAACAGAGACAGCCAUUAAAUCUGCCAUUUGAUCUGAAUAUAGCUUUGGGGACUUUUUGUUGCUCCAGUGUGGGGAAUGAGGGGAGCAGGAGAAACUGAGGGGUUGUGCGCGUGUGCCGAUUUCAGUGGGCUCUGUAGAGAACA